UAAUCUAAAACACCGGCUUAUAACUAAGGAUUACGUAGUCAAUUGUUUCAAAUACUGAAUGACGAUAAGACAAUUUUUAUCUGUAAUCAAUAAAUAAUAUAAGAAGUUCAUUAGAAGUAGAAAUUACUGAUAAAGUGACAAUUGAUCAUCUAUAAAUUCACUCAAGAUAUCUGAUCGACCAGUCUUCCUACGAAACUCGUUUUCCAGAAUUGCAAUAAAAUGAAAAAAAUCUUGUUGAUCUUCGCUGUUUUUUCUGUAUCACAAGCUGUUCCGAAACUUAGCGAUUACUUUGUCCAUCCUUAUCAAAGACAACAUCAACCACGCCGCUUACCCAUUGGCCUCCGUAUAAUCGGAGGGAACGAUGCUUCACCCCAUGCCUACCCUUACCAGGUUGGAAUGUAUGUUUAUUCAACUCAAGUAGACUUCUGCGGGGGUUCCCUUAUUUCUCCUAAUUACGUCUUGACAGCAGCACAUUGUGUAGACAAAGCCUACAAGGUAGAAGUGAUACUAGGUGCCCACAACGUAACUGCCGAGGAGGACUCACAAGUACGUUUAGUUUCAGUUGACAUUGUAGUCCAUGAAGAGUGGGAUAGAGACACUCUUACCAACGACAUAGCACUGAUAAAACUCCCUAGUCCCGUAAAAGAAACGGAUGCCAUAAAAAUCAUCGAUAUUGCCGCUGGUAGAGAUAGUUUCGUAGGAGACAAAGGUAGGCUAUUAGUAGUUGAAAGUAUUGAAAACAUGAAAGUCAUACUCAUUUUCUUUUUAACAAGUAUUUGUGCUCUGAAGCAAACACGGACUAUACUUCAAGAAAAGGCAACCGCUGAUGGAUCUGGGAUUCCAGUUAGCUCAAAAAUCAAUUUCAAUCCCAGAAUAAUAGGUGGCGCAACUGUAGUACCGAAUUCAUACCCCUUCCAAGCUGCCAUACAGUCAAUCUACUCGAAUUUCAAGGCUUUUUGUGGCGGGACUUUAAUAACUUCCCAAUGGGUUCUUACAGCAGCACAUUGUGUGGACCGAAAUCCAAAACAUAUCGAAGUAGUCUUGGGUGCUCACAACUUAUCCGUUCGUGAACCGACUAGACAGUACUACAAAACUACUAACUAUAAAAUGCAUCCAUGGUGGAACGCCACGACCUUACAGUACGACAUUGCUCUGAUCAAACUGCGCCAAAACGCCACUCUGAACAGUUUUGUUGGAAUCGUCAGCUUAGCUAAAGGAAGUGACACGUUCGAUGGGAGAAUUGGCAUCACUUUAGGUUGGGGGCAAACCGAGACAGGAAAUGUAUCUAGUGUGUUGAAGGGGGUGGAAGCAACCAUUUUGUCGAAUAGGGGAUGUAGAAACUAUCGUUCGUAUAACCAGAUAAUCACACCUCGCCACAUCUGCACCUCCGGAUCAAGCCUCACGGGGCCGAAGGGUAGCUGUAAUGGCGAUUCUGGAGGACCUCUUCUGGUGAAUGGGGUCCAAGUAGGUAUAGUUUCCUUCGGGCCUGAAAACUGCAUGCUCUCUCUACCGUCCGUCUUCACCAGAGUUAAUAAAUAUGUCAACUGGAUUGAGAGAACUAUAUCCAGUGCCACAAGACUUUCUUUGAAAGUUUGUUAUAUCCUUUCACUUGUUUUUCUAGCACGAUUUAUUUCGAAAUAGAGAAUCAGUAAUGGUCGAUUUGAAAUUACUGACACACGUGAUUGGAAUUUCUAGAAAGCAAUUUCGAGAUAAUGGUAGAAGAAAAAGAGACUGAAUUUUGGUAGAAAUUGAAAAUAAUAGAAGGCUAGUAAAUACAGAUAUUUCAACGAAAAA